AUGUACCAAUAGCCACCGCACUUUUCCUAAAAUCCAAAUCCCCAAGUGAUUCCUCCUCAUUCAAUCUCUCCACAAAUUAUCUACAGCCAUCCCCAUUAGUAAAUAAUCUACCCUCAAGAAAUUUAUGGAAUGUAUCCUCAUUUGGAUUACUCUUAAAUGUUAGCGGCUUCAUAAUCUCCUCAACCUUAAGUGCCACAAGCUGCUUAAUAUUAAAUGUCAAAUGUUUAGCAACCUUAUCCAAGUGGACUCCUUCAUAUGCCUCAGCCUGUAGCUUAAAUUCCUCCCUUGCAUCAACCUAUCCCUUUCAGCAGUCCUUCUCCUUAAAAUGUAUUUGUGACAUCUACUCCUCCUCCAAUGUAACACAUGUAGCCUUACAUAAUUCACGCUCAGAUGAAUUAUCAACAAAUCCCACCCCAACAGAACUCUUCAAUUCACUAAACUCCUCAGAUAGAUGACUAGCAGAAUCAAAAGGAAUUAGACUAAAUUGUGUAGCACAUUUUAAAUUUAAAAGAUCCUGAAAGAAAGGAAGAAGCUUUGUAGGAACUUAGUAGAAAGAGAGAAUCUUUCAAUAACUUAGCUCCCCUUUUAUGGCACUCGAACGGAACAAUUGCUUUACUAAUAGACGAUAUAGUUUCUGUCUAUUCUUAGUUAGCUCCUAAUGUCCUCACUUAAGCUGUUUCUACCCAGGUUUGUUCUGUCCUUGGUCUUCUUUAAUGCUUAGCUUUACAUCCAGAAACGAAGCCCCACUUCAUUAAAGCUCACAUUCCUUUAUUCUUAUACCCUUUCCUCAACACUUCUGCAAAGCUAAAACCUUUUGAGAAUUUGAGGGUAACUUCGUUGGGUGUUAUUGGAGCACUUGUGAAGGGUGAUGACACUGAGGCAAUAACAUUUUUAAUGCAAACUGAAAUAAUUCCUUUGUGCUUGCGUAUUAUGAAAAGAGGAUAAGAAUUAUCAAGAACAGUUGCUACAUUUAUUGUUUAGAAGAUUUUAAUUGAUGACAAUGGUUUGAAUUAUAUUUGUCAAACAGCAGAACGCUUCUUUGCUGUCUCCACAGUCCUUUAAAGCAUGAUUGAAGAUUUAGAAUAAAAUCAAAAAGAUGACUAAAGACUCUUGAGACAUAUUAUAAAAUGCUAUUAAAGACUUUCUGAAAACAACAGAGCAAACGAAGCACUGAAAAAGAUAAUUCCUCAAGGUUUCAAAGACCCUAAUUGGAGUCUAAUUAAGGACGAUUCUGUUAGAAAAUUGCAUCAUUAACUAAUGCAAAACUUAGGCCUACACUCAGAAGACACAGCUUCAUCUACUCCUUAAAGAGUUCCAAGUGCCUAGUCAACUCAACCUCCUCCCUAAAUGAUGAACGCAGCAAUGGGAGUACCUAUGUAUACUCCUCAAUAAUAACAACAAGCUCAACCUCGCUACGCUAGUUUCUUGAACUAAUAUUGA